AGGUUUAGUGUGAUUUAGGAAGAUACGAAAUUUGUCAUCGUAUUGAGAAGUAUCAUAUGAUCCACACUUUUUAAAUCAUGUUUCAUGUGUGUUGGGAAGUUCAGCUUGUGAGACCUUUGGGGAUGCCAACUUCACUUUGCAUCUUGUUUGAGUAUCUGCAGCAAUUUUCCUAAUGUAUUGAGAAUACAUGCAGAUUUAUUUCUGGAGAAAAUUCUCUGAUUUCCAUGUGACAGACGGAAGUGAUCUUGCUCAGCUUCAGCCAAGGUUCCCGCAGCGCUAUGUAGCUCCUCACAUUGUCAUAACUAUGGGCAUGUUACUCCGACCCUCCGUCUUUUUGUGGAUUUCAGUUGGAUUUCUUUCUUUACCGAGAACGUCUGAGGCCUGCGGUGGCACCGACUUCCCCGAAGGGUGCAAAUUUGUUAUCAGAAAUGCCUGUUUUGAGUUUGUUGCAGGGUCUGAGACCUGGUCCCAAGCCAGGAGCAGCUGUGAGAAGCGAGGAGGGGAACUCCUUAAGGUGAUGAACACCGAGAUCAAAUUGUUCCUGAAGAACAUCACCAGAGGAAGAAACACCAACCACUUCUCCUGGUGGCUGGCGGACGGGGUCCAAGGCCAGUACCAGGUACCCAUAAAAAAUGCUGAACUUUCAAAGGGCAAAUGCACGUACGUGAAGCUGGGUCCUCUUCAAAUCAUUCAAACAUCUGACUGCAACCAGAGACGAGGCUUCCUCUGCAGCCACAGUGUGUGUGAGUCUUCGUCAAACACAAACAACACAUCGGGUUCCACUCGUGCAACCAGAUCUGUGAUCUCUGAGAUUAUAAAACACCUGAGUUCGAAGGUCACAAACACAGUAGUGGGUUUGUUCUUCUCUCAAAGUAUUGAAGAGCUUCUCCAGGAGGCGGAUAAGGAAUUAUACCGAAUGGAAACCACAGUAGGGGAGCCCACGGCCAACAGCAUGGAGUCGUUCAUUGACUAUAUGUAUGCAGUCACUAUAAACCUGGUUUCAAACAUUAGUUUACACUCUGGUUUAAAGAAUAAAGACAUUAUUAUUAGUCACAUCAAAACCUGCACCACCGGCAUCCUCCUUCUCUCCCAGGAAAACUGUCACCCCGAUAAUGACCCAAACCCCACCACUUUGAAACUGAAAGCCUUUGAAAUCGUUCAAAAAAUCUCGUUGCUGGUUGAUGUGGGAGACCAAGGAACUUUUAUCAUCAGGGAUCCUUCAGGCACCCUCUAUCAGAGCAGAUACAGAGCAGCUGACCUCGGCAACUCUAUGCUCGGUUCAGUAGAAGAUGGUCAGUUUGCCAAACUCCCCUCAGGUGAAGCACUCGAACGUCAGCUUAAAAACCACACAACAGUCACCGCUCAGCUGACUUCACUCACAGAGAAUCCCCAUUCGUCUGAUGGAAACAUCUCAGGAACGGUUUGCAGCAUUAAACUUAGUGAUGCCUCUAGUAACGAAGAAAUAAAGCUGGCCAACCUGACGCAGAUGAUAGAGAUCUUUAUGAAUAAUCCGCAAGCUUCAAUGCCGACGAACAACACUGUUUUGUUGGAGUAUAACACAAAAGCUGUGACCACAGUCAACGUUUCUAACACUGAAAGCACCCUCUUCGUUAGCGUGGAGCCCAACGCUAACGUGUCAUUGCAACUUGUUUUGGCAGCAGGAUCCCCUCCUAACAAAACCCAUUUCAGCCACACCACCACCUUGAGCCCAACAGGAAACUAUCGCUGGAGGAUAACCCCAGAGAUGUUAAGUGGGACUUCUGGAGCCUGGUAUGUUUCUGCCAGCCUCGUCAAUUCUACUUGGGAGCCGGGCCUGACGCUGACGAUCAGCUCCUUUACGGGCCGGUGCUUGUACUGGGACACAGAAAACGAGACGUGGAGUAGUGAUGGCUGCCAGGUGGGAGACAAAAGCACUCCACAGCGAAUUCACUGCCUGUGUAACCACCUCACUCUCUUCGGGGGUUCCUUCUUUGUGAUGCCAAACUACGUGGACAUAUCUCGCACGUCAGAGUUGUUUGCCACCGCGUCUGAGAACUACGUGGUCCUGGCGCUGCUGUGUGCUUUCUUCGGGCUCUAUCUGAUCACUCUGCUGUGGGCCUGCUACUCUGACCGCAGGGCGCGCUCUAAGAGGAAGAUGACCCUGCUGGAGGACAACCACCCAGGCGCUCAGUACAACUAUCUGAUCGGUGUCCAAACUGGCCAUCGCAAGAACGCCGGGACCACUGCCAACGUCACGGUGAAGGUGAUCGGCUCGGAGGGCGACAGCGGCACGCACAACCUCACGGACCCCGAGAAACCCGUUUUCCAGAGGGGAGCUUUCGAUAUUUUCCUGCUGGCCACACCCUUCCCACUGGGCGAAGUGCGAAACCUGCGGCUGCAGCAUGACGACUCUGGAGGUCACCCAUCAUGGUAUGUAAACAAGGUGACCAUACAAGAUCUCCAAACACAACAGGUGUUUCACUUCUUUUGUGAGUGCUGGCUGAGUUCUGACCAUGGAGACAGCAUGACCAAGAAAACCUUCAAUGCCGCAAAGAGCAACGAGAUCACCAGCUUCAGGAAUAUUUUCCACAGCAGAACAUCGAAUGGCUUCAGGGAUGAGCACAUCUGGGUUUCCAUAGUGGAUCCUCCUUCACGCAGUCCAUUCACUCGCGCCCAGAGGGUCUCUUGCUGCAUGAGCCUACUGCUGUGCACCAUGGCCAUCAAUAUCGCCUUCUGGAACAUUCCCAAAGAUGAGAACUCGCCAGUACUCUUCUCGUUUGGUUCAAUGCAAAUCACCUGGCAGGAACUCAUGGUGGGGAUUCAGAGUGGUCUGCUCAUGUUCCCGAUCAACAUCCUCAUCAUCACCAUCUUCAGAAGCAUCCGACCUCGCGUGACAUCAAAGGCGAAAAAAGAAAACUCUGUGGAGAACUUGACACUGCCCCCAGUGACCAUGGCAACUAUCUUGAAGGACACAAACGAGGUGAUUUCUUCAGUGAGCAGCAGUCCCAGGAACAAGAUGUCAGACAUGCACAGACUGGAGUCCACCACUGACCUCUGCCUUGCCUUGGACAGGGUGCAUGAAUUCAUCCAGCUAAUGCAAGGGGAGAGUGAGAGUGAUCUUCACUGGGUGUACUGCAGCAAGUUCCUCCUGGCCGCUCUCUGUCACCUCCUGAUGUGCCUGGAAAAACUGGAUGAAAGGCAAUUCCUGAGUGCACACGAGUACCAGCAGACCCUCAACCACACCAACUUGCUGGUUCACAAAGCCGAGAUGGUCCUCAGCAGCCAUUUAGUCUCCUGCCCGCCCCCAGUGAUGAAGACGAAGAAGAGGUCGGCGAGCUGCUGGCUGCCUUGGUGGUGUGUGAUCCUGGGCUGGUUCCUGUUGCUGUCCAUCAGUGGAAUAUCCACUUACUUCACCCUGCUGUACGGCUUUACCUACGGCAAAGUAAAAUCCACCAAGUGGGUCAUUUCUCUGGGCCUCUCCCUCUUCCAGAGCAUCUUUGUACUGCAGCCUCUCAAGGUGAUCGGACUCGCUGUGUUUUUUGCCCUGAUGCUGAAACCUGUGGCUGUGGAGGAGACUGAAGAAGUUGAGCAGGUGAUGACAGAGCAACAAGAGAGGUGUAGACGGUACACUGGCAGGCACGCACUUUGAGGAAGCUGCUUUUCGUGGGAUAUUUGGUCUUCUUCAAUGGGCACAGCUGCGAGCCGAGGAUCCCACACUGCUUCGACACUCUUUUGCACUAAUUGGAAGUUUCUACUUUCCAAAUGUAACAUGUGUUUUGCUGGCUUGUGUGUGAUGUUUUUUUAGGAAUGGCUGAUUCAGAGGAAAUGGGUAACAAAAUAAUUGUAGCUGUUGCAUGUCAUUGUGCUGCCUUUUCCUAGUGAAGUACCAUCCGUGAUGAUGCGUAUCCAAAGAGAAAAAUACUUUUUUCAGGAGGCUGUUAUUUUCACUGUCACGUCCUAAAUCAACCUCUACGUCUGACCCCAUAUUCAUAUAAAUAUUCAUUGUUAGGCCGAUAGAGAAUAUAUCACCAAUACUGCAUCUACAUGCAACUAUUCUUUUAAUAUAUGUACUGUCCCUCAGUACACAGUUAAGAAUAUAGAGCUUGUGAGAUCUAUUGCAACCUUCCCUCUAGGACUCACUAUUGCACUGUACUUUUACUGCAAUGCAAUGCAGUUUCAGAAUCUUUUGUAUUAGUGUUACUGUUUAAACUAUUUUGAGUAAAAAAUUGUCUUCAAUCUAUCAAUCAAGUAAACAUGACCAUAAGCAAGGAAAUAGAGGUCCUAGAACUAUUCAAUAUAACAGUGCAUAUAAAAAGUCAAUAAUCUGCAAAGAAAACACAUAUAUUUUUCUUCUUGUUAAUUUUAUCUAAGUCAAUGUGGGUUUUAACGGUGAUCAGAGUACGACGCCGACCAUUGAGCAGCAUUAGAGGAUGAUUUUAGGGAAAUAUAUUUCCUCAUCUCAGCUUAUGUAACUUUAAUACAUGCUGAAGGUGCAUGUCACAACUUUUCAUCAUGCGUGCAGACUUGUGUGAAAUCCAGUCCGUGCUCCCGUAUAUUUUAUGUAGCAGAACUAACUACAUUGAGGUUUGUGCUACACCUUCUGUGCUUUCAUUUAGUCACUGAUCUAGUUAUUGUUUUCAUUUAUUGAUACUGUGUACGUAUUGUAUGUGUGAAUUUGAAUAAACACAUAUAUUUAAACACGUA